AUUUUCAACUGUUUUCUCUACCUAUUUUUGGUUUGGUUCUUCAUCUUGAGCUGCUCAACUAAAACUUAGUUUGCGAAAUCUAAAACAAACAUUCCCUAACUUAGCUUUACCCAUUUACCCUGGUCUUUUUCAUAGAUUACGGUUCAUAAUAUUUGGUUUGUGCCCUGUCUUUUGCGAGUUCCCUCUCCUUUUUCAUAAUCUUACCAAUUUACCCUUAAUAUACCUUGAUUUUGCCAGGUUUUCACGUUUCAUAUAACUUGGGGUUAAUUUUAAGCGAAUCACCAACUUAAAUAAAGCGAAGCGAGAAUAACCUGUGAUAUUAUCAUCUUUUGUCACUCGGAUAUCAUAUUAUUGUCAAGGUUGAAUAACAAACUUUGAUAAUACGAUUUCUUAAGAUCGUUGUUUAUUUGAGGGUUAAUUUGCUAUCCAAAUUUCUUUAUUUUCUAAUAGUUAUUUAAGCCUGUUUAGUUUAUGUUAAGUAACUUGUUUUAACUCAUCAUGCGGCUCUCUUCAUAUCUGUUUUCAAAGUCCUUCUUCCUCUUAUUCCUCUGUUCCCUUCCAUCUGUGUUAUUAGCUGAAGACUCAGCAAGUUCAACCAGUUACCGCGCAGAGCCGACUCCCGUCCCUCCUCAAUCGGGCAUUCCACAGCGUGUGUCAAUCUACGAGCCUUACCGCGGAGGCAAUUGCCAUGGCUACCGUGCCAAGGACAUUUCGGAAACCGAACAAGGUGUUACGGGUACCUUGGAACUUAUUGGCUCCCCUUGCUAUGCUUACGGUACUGACUAUUCCGCUUUAUACCUGAAUGUCACCUACGAAACAGAAGACCGUAUUCACGUCUCAAUUCGUGACGUGAAUAACACUCAAUUCCAAUUCAGCAACCGCCAUGAUGUUUGGGACGCACCCCUCUACCACUAUUCUUCCUCUGUCGAUAAAUCAAACAUCCUCUAUAAUUUCUCCUUCAAUGCCGAUCCCUUUGAAUUUUGGAUUACCAGAAAAAGCGAUGGCGAAGUCUUAUUUGACACAAGAGGACACCCUUUGAUUUUUGAAAACCAGUACAUCGAGCUCACCACCAACAUGGUUGACAAUUACAACAUUUAUGGUCUUGCUGAAACCAUUCACGGCUUACGUUUGGGCAACAACCUCACUCGUACUUUCUGGGCUAAUGACGAAGCUUCCCCUCUUGAUCAAAACAUGUAUGGUACUCAUCCUUUCUAUCUGGAGCAAAGAUAUAAGCCCGUUGAUUCCGACUCCAACAGUGACCAACCCACAUAUACUUCUUCCUCCCACGGUGUAUUAAUGCUUACUGCCAACGGUAUGGACGUCUUGCUACGUCCUAAAUAUCUUCAGUAUAGAAUGAUUGGUGGUAUUAUCGAUCUUUACGUCUAUGCUGGUAGUAAGAAACCCCAAAACACUAUCACACAAUUUGUUGGUUCUAUUGGCUUUCCUCAAAUGCAGCAAUACUGGUCUAUGGGUUUCCACAUGUGCCGCUGGGGUUACGAAAACAUUAGCGAAAUUAUGCAGAUUCGCGAAAAUAUGCGUAAAUUCAACAUCCCAAUUGAAACCUUUUGGAGUGAUAUCGAUUACAUGCACAAUCUGCGCGAUUUUACUGUUGAUCCCAUAUCUUACUCUCGUGAACAAAUGAUUGAAUUUUUCAAUGACAUUGAAUCUACACAUCAACACUACGUUCCCAUUGUUGAUGCCGCUGUCUAUGCCGCUAACCCAUCCAAUCGUUCUGACGACACCUAUGGACCUUACUAUGAAGGUGUUGAGAAGGACAUCUUCCUCAAGAACCCUGACGGUAGCCUUUAUAUUGGAGAAGUAUGGCCUGGUUUCACUGUAUUUCCUGAUUUUACCAAUCCUAAAGUUCAGGAUUAUUGGAAAGCCGGUAUACAUAAUAUGUCCUAUGCUUUUGGCUCUAAUUCUUCUGAUUAUAUCCCCUUUAGCGGACUAUGGCUGGACAUGAACGAACCUUCGUCCUUCUGUGUUGGAUCCUGUGGUUCUGAACUAGUCAACCUGAACCCUGUUCAUGCUCCCUUCAAGCUCCCCGGUGAGCCUGGUUACCUUGCUUUGAAUUAUCCCGCCGGCUUCAACCUUACUAAUGCCACCGAAUAUGCUUCCGCCAGUAGCGCUUCUUUAAGUCAAUAUUAUGCCACUGCAACUUCUUCCAUGCAAGUCGUUUAUCCCACAGCUGUCCCGCUUGGUGUACAACCUAAAUUUGACAUCAAUCAUCCUCCUUAUGCUAUCAAUACCGAACAAGGGAACCAUGAUUUGGCUAACCAUGGUGUCAGUCCAAACGCUACCCACCACGAUGGAACACUCCGUUACAACUUGUUCAACAUUUACGGAUAUGGAGAAAUCAAGGUUACUCACAAGGCUUUAAGUGAUUUACAACCCGGUGUUCGUCCUUUCAUCCUAAGUCGUUCUACCUUUUUAGGUUCUGGAGUUUAUUCUGCUCAUUGGCUAGGAGACAACCAUUCUAACUGGCCUAAUAUGUUUUUCUCAAUCUCGGGAAUGAUGGUUUUUAAUAUGCUGGGUGUUCCUAUGGUUGGUGCUGAUGUUUGUGGCUUCCAAGAUGAUACUGACGAAGAACUUUGCGCUCGUUGGAUGGCAAUGGGCGCUUUUUCUCCUUACUAUAGGAAUCACAACCAAUUAGGCAGUAUUCACCAAGAGCCUUAUCUUUGGGCUUCUGUUGCUGAAGCUUCUCGCCGAGCCAUGCACAUCCGCUAUUCCUUGUUGCCUUACUGGUACACCUUAUUUAGACAGGCCUCUUAUGAUGGAAGCACACUAAUCCGCCCUCUUUUCUUUGAAUUCCCCGACGAGCCUCUUUUAGCCGGAGCUGAUCGUCAAUUUAUGGUUGGUGAUUCUUUGUUAGUUACUCCAGUCCUGGAACCCAACACAACUACAGUAAAUGGUGUUUUCCCUGGAAGUGAAGACGUUGUAUGGUAUGACUGGUACAACCACACUUCUAUUGAGCACAAGCCUUAUGAAAAUAAAACUAUGGAUGCACCUCUCGAACACAUCAACGUUGCUAUUCGUGGCAAUAAAAUUAUUCCUAUGCAAGUCCCUGGUUAUACCACUCAUGAAACUCGUCAGAAUCCUUUCAACCUUCUUGUUGCCCUCGACAAGCAAGGAAAUGCUUACGGUAACUUGUACGCCGAUGAUGGUGUUUCCAUCACUCCCAAUGCUACUCUCUGGGUUGAUUUUGCUGCUAAAUCCAACAAACUCUCCAGUGUUUCUUUUGGCACCUAUGAAGUAGAUGUACCAUUGGCGAAUGUCACCAUUCUAGGUGUCUCUUCUUCCCCUAAACAAGUUCAUUUCAAUGAUGACAACAUCAGCUCUUAUACUUAUUCUGAAUCUACCCAAGAAUUGGUACUUAGCAAUUUGGAUAAGUUUACUUCUACCGGGGCUUUUGCAAGCAACUGGACUAUAUCCUGGUGAAAUUUCAAUCAUUUUCCAUAGUACCGUUUCCAUUCUUUCCAAUAUCUACCAUAUUUUGAUUGCAUAAUUAAAUAAUAUUUUAUCUUUUUUGUUAUAAACUUCGUUCACAUUUCCC